AUGGCCGUCACGAUCACGCUCAAAACACUGCAGCAGCAGACCUUCAAGAUCCGCAUGGAGCCUGAUGAGACGGUGAAGGUGCUAAAGGAGAAGAUAGAAGCUGAGAAGGGUCGUGAUGCUUUUCCCGUGGCUGGACAGAAACUUAUCUAUGCUGGCAAGAUUCUGAGUGAUGAUGUCCCCAUCAGGGACUAUCGCAUCGACGAGAAGAACUUCGUGGUCGUCAUGGUGACCAAGGCUAAAACCAGCCCAGGCACCUCAGUACCCUCAGAGGCCUCACCCACUGCCACCCCGGAGUCUUCCACAUCCUUCCCGUCGGCCCCUGCCUCAGGCAUGUCCCACCCCCCACCUACUGCCAGAGAAGACAAAAGCCCAUCGGAGGAAUCUGCCCCCACGACGUCCCCGGAGUCUGUGUCAGGCUCUGUUCCCUCUUCAGGUAGCAGCGGGCGAGAGGAAGACGCGGCCUCCACGCUAGUGACGGGCUCUGAGUAUGAGACAAUGCUGACGGAGAUCAUGUCCAUGGGCUACGAGCGAGAGCGGGUCGUGGCUGCCCUGAGAGCCAGCUACAACAACCCCCACCGAGCCGUGGAGUAUCUGCUCACGGGAAUUCCUGGGAGCCCCGAGCCAGAACAUGGUUCUGUCCAGGAGAGCCAAGUUUCAGAGCCGCCAUCCACAGAAGCAGCAGGAGAGAACCCCUUGGAAUUUCUGCGAGACCAGCCUCAGUUCCAGAACAUGCGGCAGGUGAUUCAGCAGAACCCUGCGCUGCUGCCAGCCCUGCUCCAGCAGCUGGGCCAGGAGAACCCCCAGCUCUUACAGCAAAUCAGCCGGCACCAGGAGCAGUUCAUCCAGAUGUUGAACGAGCCCCCCGGGGAGCUGGUGGACAUCUCGGACGUGGAGGGCGAGGUGGGCGCCAUAGGUGAGGAGGCCCCACAGAUGAACUACAUCCAGGUGACGCCGCAGGAGAAGGAAGCUAUAGAGAGGUUGAAGGCCCUGGGCUUCCCUGAGAGCCUGGUGAUCCAGGCCUACUUCGCUUGUGAAAAAAACGAGAACUUGGCUGCCAACUUCCUCCUGAGUCAGAACUUUGAUGACGAGUGA